AAUUCAGUAGUUACAACUUCUGAAUCAUUAGCGACCAUCAAUCCUCAUCAGAUGCCAUGUUCUCUCCCACAUGGUUGUGCUUCCUCUUCUUCCAGUUCUUCUGCGCCUUCUUGGCCACCGCCCCCACCUCUUCUACCACCGACACCUUAAACCCAACUGAAUCCAUCACCGACGGUCAAAUUGUUGUCUCCGCCGGAAGCAGUUUUGCGUUGGGCUUCUUCAGCCCUGGUACUUCUCGUUACAGGUAUGUCGGGAUUUGGUACUACCAAAUUCCUGAAAUCACCGUGGUUUGGGUCGCCAACAGAGACAACCCAGUUAACGAUUCCUCCGGAGUCCUCUCCGUCGAUGGGAAUCUGGUCGUCACUUCCCAUUGCGAUCGGAGCCAUCCUCUCUGGUCCACCAAUGUCUCCAAAAGUUCAAACACCACCAUUCUUCAGCUCCUGAACACCGGAAACCUAGUUCUAUACAGCGGCGGCGACAGGAAUAGGAUCCUAUGGCAAAGCUUCGACCAUCCGACACACAUGUGGCUUCCUGGCUUGAAACUUGGCUUGGACCGGAGAACCGGAUUGAACCGGAUCCUGACAUCUUGGAGAUCCGAAGACGACCCUGGCCUUGGGAUCUACUCGCUCGGCAUUGACCCACAGGGUUCGCCCCAGUUCUUCUUGUAUAAGGGGUCGGCACCGUUGUGGCGAUCUGGUCCGUGGAACGGUCGGGCCAUGAGCGGGGUCCCACAGAUGACCCAGGGCUACCUCUUCAGCCACGAUUUCGUUAACACCAUCGACGAGCUCUACAUGAUCUACUUCAUCUAUAACUCGUCCAUCUUCUCCACAUGCCUGCUGGACGACUCCGGGUCCGUCCAGCGGAGGACGUGGGUCGGGGUGAACCGUAGAUGGAACACAUUUUGGUCGGUGCCCGGCGAUAGUUGCGAUGACUACGGACACUGUGGGGCCUACGGGAGCUGUAACAUUGAGAACACGGUGGAGUGCGCGUGUCUGCCGGGUUUCCAACCUAAGUCUCCAAGAGACUGGUACUUGAGGGCAUGGUCGGAUGGGUGUGUGAGGAAGAGAAGCCUUGGGUGUGGUAAGGGAGAUGGGUUCUUGAAGUUGGUAGGCGUGAAGCUUCCCGACACGUCCAUGGCCCUUGUCAACAUGAAUCUGAGUCUCAAGGAAUGCGAGCAAGAAUGCUUGAAGAACUGCUCUUGCACCGCCUAUGUUCCUGCUGAUAUUACCCGCGGAGGCACUGGCUGCAUUGCUUGGUUUGGCACCUUGAUGGACAUUCGAUAUUACACUAACGGCGGCCAGGAUUUCUACUUACGUGUGGAUGCAGUGGAGCUAGCUGCACAAGCAAGAAAAGAUAAAGGAUUUCUUCACAAGAAGCAGACAGUGGCAAUUCUUGUGGUGUCUCUUGUUGUGGGUGUGCUUCUCUUUGCCGCAAGUGUGUACGGUUUGCUGAAGAAGAGACGAGAGGCAAUUGAGAAGCGACGGCAGAGGCGGCCACGUGGUGGUCUCUUAUUUGAUUUCACGACAAGUUCAACAAAUUAUUGUUCUCCUAGAACGAAUGAGCUUGAAGAUAAUGGGACAAAUCCAGAAUUACCAUUCAUCGAACUAGAUGUUGUUGCUGUUGCCACAGACAACUUCUCUCCCAAUAACAAGCUUGGAGAAGGCGGUUUUGGUGCUGUCUAUAAAGGUCAGCUAUUCAAUGGGAAGGAGAUAGCUGUUAAAAGACUAUCCAAGAAUUCAGGACAAGGAACAGAAGAGUUUAAAAAUGAAGUUUUACUGAUUGCCAAACUUCAACAUAGAAAUUUGGUUAGGCUUCUAGCUUGUAGUGUCCACGAAGAAGAAAAGAUGUUAAUCUAUGAAUACAUGCCCAACAAAAGCUUGGACUCUUUCAUUUUCGAUGAAAGUAGGAGGGCAUUGCUUGAUUGGAGAAAACGAUUUGAAAUCAUAGUUGGAAUUGCUCGAGGUGUUCUAUAUCUUCACCAAGACUCCAGAUUGAGAAUCAUCCAUAGAGAUUUGAAAGCCAGCAAUGUGCUACUAGAUGAAGAGAUGAACCCCAAAAUUUCAGAUUUCGGUAUGGCAAGAAUUUUUAGAGGAAGCCAAAUGCAAGCAAAUACAAUCAGAGUGGUUGGGACAUAUGGUUAUAUGUCACCAGAAUAUGCAAUGCAAGGGCUUUUUUCAACAAAGUCCGAUGCAUUUAGCUUUGGGGUAUUGUUAUUGGAGAUCAUUAGUGGCAAGAAGAACAGUAUACUAUAUUUUCAUGAAGAUCCUAUGAUGAGUUUAAUAGAACAGGUAUGGGAGUUGUGGAAAGAAGGUCGAGCAUUGGAGAUAGUUGAUUCAUCAAUGGGUGACUCGUACCCUGCUCAAGAAGUUUCGAGGUGCAUCCAAGUUGGUCUAUUGUGUGUGCAAGAAAGUGCAUCUGAUAGGCCAACCAUGUCAAGUGUUCUUUUCAUGUUGGAGAAUGAUACAAAGAUGGCUACACCUAACCAACCUACCCUUAUUAUGAAGAGAAGUCUCAAGGGCCAUGAUUCAUCUACCACAGAGACAGGAUCUUGCUCUGUAAAUGAAGUGACGAUCACUGUGAUAGAUCCUAGAUAAAAGCACAAGCCUUUUGCAUUGUACAUUGGUGACUUGUGGAGGACAAGUAAUUUAUUAUUUUGUCAAAUGAAUUAUAAAUUAGUGUAAGCUGCAAAUGUUCCAAAUCAAUUUGGCACCCUUGAAAAUGGCUAUUUGCCUCCCCCUUAUUGGGAAAUUUAGAAUUUUAGCUAGCAAAUAUUACAUCCAAUAGGAGCAAUACAUACUUUUGUGGUCAAGUCUGCAUUUUGUUACUAGGGGUUGAACUUACCAUUUUUAAAGAAUCGAACUGAUUGAGGGUAAUGUGACA